CAACUGCUCUCCCUCAGCAUCUCCAACAAUGCCCAGAAAAGCGCCCCCAUUACCAAUUCCCUCGGUGCCUGUUCUCAGGUCGCUGUACAAAGCCCAGCAAAAACCCCCCUCGGUCCACGCUCCUUCCAAGAAGCAGCUCGACCACGAAUACCGGCAACAGAAGCAGCGCGAGCGGCCUCGUCUCCCGCCCGUCUACACCAAGUACUUCCGACUGGGUCAUAAAGAGGUGCACUUCCCCAAGGUCUCGAUCACCUUGCUCAGACCAUUCUCGACCGAAUACAACCCGUACCGGGCGCGCUUCCGCGUGCCGAGCAACUUCAACAAGUUUGACCUCCGCGACUAUCUGCACAAUGUCUACGGCCUCACCGUUAAGAAAGUCUACUCGAGCUUGACUGUCAACAGAUUUUCCUUGACCAUGCAGAAGUUGAUGACUGUCGAAAUGGACCAGCCGUUCAUGUACCCGGAAAUGCCCGAUCUUUCUCCAUGGAAAGUUGACGCAAACCGUGAGACCGAGCGAUUCAUGGACGAAGCCCGGCGCAGAUACGGUGCUUCGAGCCAGGAAAACAAGGUCUACAAGGGAUUCGGCGGAAUCGCGCAACAAAAGUUUCCCACGAUCAAGCCGUACAUGCCCAAGAAGGCGGUCAAGGCACUCAAGAACCAGGCCAAGGUCGUUGAUGUUUACACUAAUGUCUCCGUCAAGGCGAAGGCUAAGCCAAAGCCGGAGUAGUUAUGUGGUGAGCUGGAUGGUGAAUAUAGAGACCGGGGGUAUCGAAUUGUAUAUAUAGUCAAAAUUGCCUCCUCAUAAAUAUUGCUAUACGAUCCAUGCAACAUUAUCUACAAUAUGCUAUCUUCAGUAGAAUCAUUUUGAAUAUAAAAUCGUAGCUAUUCUCUAAU